AUGGCUUUUCAUUCUGUGUUUGUUUUCUUAGCUGGCCUGGCAUUUUUCUCCGAAGCUGCACCACCGGUAAGUGACUCUGCUGACUCCAAGCAUCCUCUUUUUAUAAAAAUUCUGGAUUCAGUCCGAGGAAGUCCAGCUCCAAAUGUUCCAGUUAAGUUAUAUAAAGAAGCUGCAGAUGGAUCUUGGGAACUGUUAAAUUCAAAACAAACCAAUGACAACGGAGAGCUCCAUGAGCUCACAAAUAAAAAACAAUUUGUAACAGGUGUAUACAAGAUUGAGCUUGACACAGCCUCUUAUUGGAAGAAAUUGGGCUUGAAUCCCUUUCAUCACCAUGCUGAUGUGGUGUUCACAGCUAAUGAUGCUGGUUAUCGACAUUACUGCAUUGCUGUUCUCCUCAGUCCCUUUUCUUACUCAACUACAGCAGUAGUUAGUGAGCCAGUGGAAUAG